AGGAGCGUGUGGAGAGCUGGGGGAAGGGGAGCAGGGCAGCAGCGCCGGGGCUUGGUUUAGAUGCGGAUUACCCCUGUUCUAGUGGCUCCACCGAGAGAUGAGAGGUAAGAAAACGAAAGCGGAUUAGUGACAUAUAGCAAGAGCGUCAGACAGCUGAAAGAGAGAUAGAGAGAGGGAGAUGUGUGAAAGGCAGAGGAGAUGCUGACUGCACAUGGAUGACGAAUCUGUCCGACCUGAAGUGUUUGGAGCUCCUUAUAGAAGCGACAUUUCACACAAGCCUGCUGCUCUCAAUCACAGCAGCUGCUGGAUUCGAGGUUCCCCGAACCACUGCAUCUGUAGAGGAAUGUUCUCCGCCUCAGGUACUUCUACCAACAGGAAAUGGAGUACAGCUACCUGGCCUUCACUUAAUCCUUAUGUAUUUUCACUGCACUGAAGCAAAGCGCCAAGUUGUGAAGGAAUCACAAGGGUCUGUUUUUAAGCAGAAUGCAAAUACGGAUUCCUUGAGGAAAUAUCAGAGUUACAUUACAUAACCCACUCUUGUGGGUUAACGCUACGUGAGCAUGACAUUAUAAGAACCGAGGCCUGUUUGUGCCUUCCAUUGCCGCUGUAACAGGAGGGCAAAAUGGCAAAGCCUUUCUACAGACUCCAGCGCUUCUUGCGGCGGACUCAGUUGCUAUUUCUGUUCCUGGGUGUGGCCUAUAUCAUGGCAGGAAGUGUCCUCUUGCUUCAGAGAUCUGGACUGGUGAUAUCUCAGCGUGGUAGUAGCAGCACUUUCCUCAUUCCACCCUCGCUGCCUUCACCUCCCAGGGCUCUGGAGCCUCCUGCUCUCAGGACAGGCUAUGGCAUGACGGGACCUCGGUUCGGUAUAAAAGGCUAUCAGGGGAGUCAGACAGAGGAUUGGUCUGGACCACAGUGGCUGAUGUCACGCAACCAAGAGAUUCGGCACCUGCGCAGACGUUGGUUCCAUAGUCUUAUGUCUGAGCAGGACACAACCAGAGUUGAGAGAGUCAGUCCGAAGAGGAAAGUCAGACACAAAGGUACCUACAUUGGCUGUUUUUUGGAUGAUUCCAAGGACCGGGCCUUGAAGGGCAUGGUGUUCUAUGAUUUCCGCAAGAUGACCAGCACUCUGUGUCAGGACACUUGCACAGAAAGUGGGUACCAGUAUGCUGGGCUGGAAUACGGGUCCGAGUGUUACUGUGGCAACCGCAUCACCAGCGCACGGAUGAAGGAGGAAGAGUGUAAUUUGGACUGCAAGGGAGAGAAGGGCUCUAUCUGUGGGGGUGUGGCCCGUCUGUCUGUCUUCAAGGUGGAGGAGGUUCUUCCUGGCCAGAGGAGAUUAGAAGGAUGGACAGAAACACCUGUGGAUUUUUUCAGAUCUGAAUCAAGAGUGGAGCUUGAUUUUCACCUCUCUCUCAACGAUGAAUGCUUUAAGCGCCGUUUAUCUGAUGGUAACAGUUUUGUUGAUGACAGGAAUGUACGUUAUCGUGGCUGCUUCAAGAGACCCGAUAAUACUACAGCUGCAGACCUGGUCCACAUGGUCCAGGCCAACCUCACGUCCCAGACCUGCAUUGACGCCUGCAUGGACAAGGAGUUUCCUUUAGCCAUGCUGAGCAGACCAGACUGUUUCUGUGGCUAUGCCACUCCACAGUUCUCCCUUCAUGAGCCUGUGGAAGAAAAAUACUGUGCCCUGGUAAACAGCAGCCUGCCAACCCCCAAACCCAGCUCACACUUCCUCCAGGUCUACCAAACUCCUGUGCAGGAUUCAAGAUGCACUGAGAGGAGGUUUUUGCCAGAGAAGUCAAGUUGGCUGGUGGCACUAUCCAGUUUCCCUGGAGCAGGCAACACCUGGGUGAGGCACCUAAUUGAGCUAGCCACUGGAUAUUACACAGGCAGCUACUACUUUGAUGGAACCCUUUAUAACAGAGGCUUCAAGGGCGAGAAAGAUUACUGGAAAAGUGGACGGACCAUCUGUGUGAAGACACACGAGAGUAGCAAGAGGGACAUAGAGAUGUAUGACUCAGCCAUCUUGCUCAUCAGGAGCCCAUACCGCUCUCUCAUGGCAGAGUUUAAUCGCAAGUGUGCUGGCCACCUUGGCUAUGCCUCUGACCAGCACUGGAAGAGCAAAGAGUGGCCAGAGUUUGUGGGCAGUUAUGCAUCCUGGUGGGCGUCCCAUGUGCUAGACUGGCUCCGUUUUGGCCGGAGGCUGCUGGUUGUUCAUUACGAGGAGCUGCAGGAGUCGCUGGUGCCCAAGCUGCGCUCCAUCACCUCCUUCCUCAACGUCAACACCACCGAGGAGCACCUUCUCUGCGCCGAAAACAACAAGGACGGACACUUCAAACGCUCGGGUGCCCGGAGACCCACCUUUGAUCCCUUCACCCCAGACAUGAGGAGAUUGAUUGACGGGUACAUUGGUGCUGUGGACCAGGCCCUCAGAGCCAGCAACUAUACAGGCCUGCCUCAGGAAUACCUCCCAAGAUGAUGAGGGUUCAAAAAAUGAAUAUAGAACUAUGCGAAACCUGGUAUUCACAGUUUAGUGUGAGGAUGUCAACAAAGACCCAUUCUUGAAAAAAAAAAAAAAAAAAA